AUGGCCUCUACCGCUCUUCCUGCUGGAGCUGCCACUCGCAGACAGACGGCGGCCUCUUCUUCCGCCAGCUCUGCCACAGCCUCGCCUCUGGACACUCCCCAGCAUAUGUCUGCAUCUGAUACGUCUCUCUCCUCUGAAUCUGAAGACCAGCAGGACUCCGAAGUCGGCAAGUUGGUCGACACUUAUGGCAACGAGUUCCAGCUGCCAGACUUCACCAUCCAGCAGAUUCGUAAUGCCAUUCCAGCCCACUGCUACAAGCGUGAUGGCUUCCGCGGCAUGCAGUAUGUCCUGAGAGACAUUGCCUGUCUUGCUACCACCUUCUACAUCUUCCACAACUAUGUCACUCCCGAGACUGUCCCCUCGACCCCAGUUCGCUUCGUCCUCUGGGGGCUGUACACUUUCAUCCAGGGUCUGUUUGGAACCGGUAUCUGGGUCCUGGCUCACGAGUGCGGCCAUCAGGCCUUCUCGACCUCCAAGUUCUUCAAUGACACCGUUGGCUGGGUCUUGCACUCCUCUUUGCUCGUACCAUACUUCUCCUGGAAGAUCUCUCACGGAAAACACCACAAGGCUACCGGAAACAUGCAACGUGACAUGGUCUUUGUCCCCAAGACCAGAGAGGCAUAUGCUUCACGCAUUGGCCGCUUGGUCCAUGAGCUCGAUGAACUCACUGAGGAGACUCCCAUCCAUUCCAUUAUCGACAUGGUUCUCCAGCAGCUUUUUGGAUGGCCCAUGUACCUUUUCACCAACGUUACCGGCCAUAACUUCCACGAACGCCAGAGCGAGGGACGUGGAAAGGGCAAGAGUAACGGUUUCUUCGGCGGUGUCAAUCAUUUCAACCCCAACAGCCCAUUGUACGAGUCCAAGGACGCCAAGCUGAUCUUGCUCAGUGAUCUCGGCCUGUUGAUCGUCGGAUCCAUCCUGUACACUCUUGGAAGCAAGUUCGGAUGGUUCAACAUGUUUGUCUGGUACUUCGUCCCAUACCUCUGGGUUAACCACUGGCUUGUUGCCAUCACUUUCCUGCAGCACACCGACCCAACUCUUCCCCACUACCAGCCCGAGUCGUGGAACUUCACUCGAGGAGCCGCCGCAACCAUCGACCGUGAAUUUGGCUUUAUCGGCCGUCAGCUUCUCCACGGUAUCAUCGAAACCCACGUUCUUCACCACUAUGUCAGUACCAUCCCCUUCUACAACGCCGAUGAGGCCACCGAAGCCAUUAAGAAGGUCAUGGGCCGUCACUACCGCGCAGACACCAAGGACGGCAGUCUUGGAUUCCUCCGAGCCAUGUGGACCUCUUUCCGAACCUGUCAGUGGGUUGAGCCAUGCGAGACAGCCAAGGGUGAAGGCAAGGGCGUCCUCUUCUUCAGAAACCGUAACAACAUCGGCCUCAAGCCUGCUUCUCUCAAGCCAGUGAGCAACUGA